AUGUAUGUUCCUCAAGAAAGUUUGAGUUUAAGUGUUGAAGAAGCUAGUAAAGACAAGAAUUUGGUGAGGAGAUUGGAAGGUGUAACUGUUUACUGGAUUCGGCAAAUAAGAGCUGCACUGAGUGAUAAGGAAUGGCUUACUUAUGCAGAAGGAUUAUGCCCUUUUGAUGAAUAUGAGUUGUGGACAUACAGAUAUAAAAAUUUAGUUGGUUUAGAUGUUCAACUGCAAGACAAAUCAUUAAACCACAUAUGUGAUAUUUUGCUGAUGAAUCAAUCAACUUACAUAUGUCAGUUUCUUAGUCUUGCUGAAGAAAUUAAAGAAGAGAUACAUGAAGCAAAGUCAAACAUUGACUUCUUGCAGAUUUUAAAGGAUCCUUGUGAUGAACUGGAUAAAACUAUUUCACCUGCUGAUAUUCCUAAGAUUAUACCGACAUUAUUACAAAAUAUUAGAGUAAUUUGGAUAAACUCACCAUAUUAUAAUACAAGGGAAAAGUUGUCUGCACUUUGUCGAUUAAUUAGCAACCAAGUCAUCUUGCAGUGUACUAGGGCUGUGAAUCUUGAAUGUGUCUUUCAAGGAAAUACAAGGGCAGGCAUUAAGAUAUUUGAAAAUAUAACUGAAUGUUGUUUGAAAUACAGGCUUCAAUACAAUGAGAUUGCAGAAACCCACUCAAAGUCUUCGCAUAUUCCAUGGGAUAUAGAUAAUGGUCCCAUUUUUAACCAAAUAGAUUCAUUUGUACAGAGAUGCAAAGAUAUGAUUGAAAUAUGUGAAGCCAUGAUAAUUUUUGGCAGGAUGGAUGAAACAGAGAAUGUUUCAAAACCCCACUUUGGAGGAACAAGAAGAGAAGAUUUUGAAAAUAUAUGUGAGAAUGUAGAGAGGUCAUUUGCAGAAAAUUUGCAAGCUAUUAGAGAUGUCCAACAGAAUAUCUUAGAUGUGAAAGCUUCUUCAUGGUGUGAUGCUAUUAUAAAGUUCCGAGGCCAGAUGAAAGAUAUUGAGGUGAAACUGAAAAAUCUCAUGGUAUCUGUUUUUGAGCAAGUAGUGAACGUAGAGGAGGGAGUUCUUGCUCUGCAAGCAUUUUACCAUUAUUCUAAAAGAGAUGCUUUGCACCCUUUGUAUGUCUGCAAAACUGUUGCUGUGUAUAAGCUCUUUAGUGAAGAGAUUCAGUACACAAAGAAAGACUUGGUUAAAGAGAAAACUUCCUGUCCAGUAGGAUUACCUCCUUUUGCUGGUCGAGCUUUAAUGACACGCUUGAAGAAGAGACAUUUUAUGAGGUUAAUGAAGAUACUGGAUGAUGCUCAGUGGCUGCCUCCUUGUGGAAUGGAACAUGAAGUACAUACACAGUAUGAGAAACUCAUGGAGUCAAUGGAAAAUAUAGUGAGAGAUGUAUAUCAGAAAUGGAAUGAUAGUUUGGAUGGAAAUAUGGAUGCAAGACUAGACAGACCAUUGAUGGUUAAAAGCCAUAGAAGACCUGGACUUUUGAAACCUAAUCUUGACAGGGUUAUUCUAAAUGUGUGUUGUGAAGCAAGGGAAUGGGAGAGACUGAAAUUUGGAGUCCCAUCUGUUAUCCAAUCGGUAUAUAAGAAAUGGGAUAAAUUGAAAUUGCUGUAUGAGAGGGUUCUCACUGUUGUGUUGGAUUAUAACCACAUCAUAGAAGCAUUAUCAGAUGAAGAGACAGAAUUGUUCAGGGAGUUGAUCGAAGAAUGUGAUAAGAAAAUAAACUGUGCAUUGCUGGAACUUAAAUGGAAUACUGAUGUCUCAGAUGUGUAUAUAUAUGAAUUCUCUAUACGUACAUCUCAGUUACAAGACUUUGUGGAUGAUUUUAAGAAAUCUAAUCUGGAGAUUGUAAGCAUUUGUGAAGAAAUAUGUGACACAUCAUUCAUUCAUGUGGAUAAUAGUCAUGUAUAUGAAUUGAAGGAACUGGAUUACCAUUUGACUAAAUGCAGGGAGGAAGCUAUGACUAAGAUACUUGCUCACUACAAACAUAUCAUACAGUGUGUAAGAUCUGUGUAUGAAGGAUUUGAAGAGUAUAAACCACUGACAGGCCAACGCUGGGUUUCCUACAUUAAUAAAAUGGAUGCUGUUAUUGAGGAGGCUUUAAAACAGUGUGUAAGGGGGUCUCUUCAGAUCAUGUUGGAAGCUGUGCAUGGGGAUGGACUUGCAGGUCCAAGACAGAUGCUCAAAGUUUCUACCACAUUCAAGAACAAUACAAUCAUCUUAGAGCCAUCAUUGAAAAGUAUAGAAAGUUUCAUUAAACGUAUAUUUCCUGAUAUACUGAAUGAUAUUGCAUCUAUUCCAUGUCUGGUAGAAAAAUUUGCAUUAUCUGACAUGCAGACUUUCUGUGAAGCUGUUGAAAAAGAUGAGGAAUGUAAUCACCUACAGAAUUUAUUAGCCAAAGGUAAGGUUAACUGAGUUAUGUCCCUUUUAAUAGGUCUGAAGGCUCACCGUAGAGCACAAUUUUUUUGUACAGAUCCCCUAAAAGAGGGGUUCUCAACCCAUAGGUCAGAUUUUAUGCAGGCUGGAAUAAAGGAAGUCUGGCAAAUGAAGGUUACAGGUAACAUAAAAUAAACCAGGAGCUUGGGCUGGACUUGGUAAAAUUCUAUAGUUUCGGCCCCUGCUGUCCUCUCGGUGCGUUAUUCAAUUUAUUUGACCGAUCUAUUGAUCUUUGUUUUGUCAUGUUAUUUGAUAUUUUAUCCGUCAGAUGUCCGACUUUUGUGGAAAUUCUUUAGUAAAUA